AUGUGGAAAAGAGCUUUUCAUACAAGUAGGUUUAGUCAAUUCUUAAAGAAACCCCAAUUCGAUGUUAAGGGUGUUAUAAGAGAUUUAAAUGAACAUCAAGAUUCCAUUGUUAAAAGACAGAUUGUGAAUGGUUCAGAGUUACUGGCUAGGUUGCAAUGCCUAAGAUCUCAAUACGAAGAAGCUAAUCAAUUGGAUAAAAAUAUUGCGCAAUUACAGUCGAAACGUAAAUCUUUGGAACAAUCGUUGAAGAAAGAUAAAUCACUUGCUAAAGAAUUAGUAUCAGGGUUAAAGCAAUGUAAAUUAGAAUUUCAAGAAUUGAAUUCCAAAGUUUCCACCAGAAGAGAAGAAAUUCAAGACGUUUUACAAAAUUUGCCUAAUUUAAUUCAUAAGAGUGUCCCUGAUGAAUCACCCGAGAUUUUCCAUUGGAUUAGACCUAAAAGUUCAUACGAUGUAGAUGCCAAUCGUGAUCAUGUUCAAAUUAUGGUUAACAAGGGGAUGGUAGACUUUCAAACCGCUUCUAACGUUACUGGCAACUCCUGGUACUAUCUAAUUGGUAAAGGUGCGCAAUUAGAACAUGCGUUGGUAUCGUUUGCUCUAAAUAGAGCUUCAAAAGCUGGAUUUCAAUUCUGUAUACCGCCAAGUAUUGUUAGAAAUGAGAUCAUUGAUGCUUGUGGAUUUAGACCGAGAGAUAUGAAUAAUGAACAACAAAUUUAUCAUUUACAGGAUACAAAUCAAGGUCUUAUUGCAACUGCGGAAAUUGCUUUAGCUGGAUAUGGUGCCAACAAGGUAAUGGAUCUAAGUCAAGGUCCCAUCCAAUUAGUUGGUACAAGUCGAAGCUUUAGAGCAGAAGCAGGUGCUAGAGGUAAAGAUACAAGAGGUCUCUAUAGAGUGCAUGAAUUUACCAAAGUCGAAUUAUUCUGUUGGAGUAAACCUGAAGAUAGUGACCAAAUUUUAGAAAAGAUGAGAUCCCUACAGAUUGAAAUUGUGGAUUCAUUAGGCUUAUCUGCAAAAGUGUUAAACAUGCCAGCAAAUGAUUUGGGAGCACCUGCAUGUCAAAAAUUUGAUAUUGAAGCUUGGAUGCCAGGUAGAGGAGAUUUUGGUGAAAUUACAAGUACUUCGAACUGUCUCGACUAUCAAAGUAGAAGAAUGAAUACUAAAUACAAGGAUAACGACACAGGUAAAUUUGGAUACGUGCAUACUUUAAACGGUACUGCUAUGGCGGUCCCAAGAGUCAUUUUAGCAAUUGUCGAAAACGGAUAUAACCCAGUCGAUGAUACCAUCAGAAUUCCAGAAUGUUUAAGAGAGUUCAUGAAUGGCCAAGCAUAUAUUUAA